AAGCCAGUGAUUGGAUGGCAACUGCAGGUUCAGGCAAUAAAUGCACACCACGCUGGUAUGUCAACUAAGCAUGGCAGUAAGGCACUGAGAGUAUUGGAGUAUUGCUUUGUCUGGGCUGUUGGUGGUUUAAGGCUUUGAUAUGGCUUUUGGAAUUAGUUUGGGGAUUGUGUUCCUUUGCUCAUUGUUUGCAGAACACUCAAGUUUUACAUGGGCUCCACGUGAUGCCCAGAGAUUAAGAGGCUAUGGGUUUUCUGGCUCUUCCAGAAUGGAAGUUGAGCAGAGGCAAACAGGUGGCAGCUAUCCCCAGGAUCAAUUCAGACCAGCCUCUCACACUUCUGGUUCGGUCCAGAGUGAAGCUACUUACCGCGGGACUGGAUACAACACACUCGGAGGCUUUGCUCCAAGCUCCCUCCAGCCAGCCCCAAGGGGCUCUGGAUCUAUCCCCAGCAGCUUUACCUCCGCCCAGACAAAGGGUAAGAGGACCCGUGCCAAGAAUACUGACAUUAGACUCUCUGGUUCUAUAGCCAGUGGAUCCUCUGUCACCCACAACAAGCAUCAAACCAAGGCCAGUAGAACCUAUGGUCAAAGUGUCACUGACCCCAGUGCAUUAAGGCCAGUUUCAAGUUGGGAGGUAAAGAGAAUCCAGGCCAACACUCUUCGUACUGUACAGCCUCACUCCGGCAGCUCUGGACUAGUCCAGAAUCCUGAUGUUGUGUUUAAUGUCCAGAGUAGAACUGCCUCUAACCUGAAACCAUCUACUCCUAACUAUGGCUCUACCCAGAGUGAAUUCAAGUUCUCCACCUCCAGACAACCCAACCAAGGCCUUGUCCAGACUCUGAGUAGAGGAGCCCCCAGCCUCUAUGGUCAAACUGCCACCCACACCACCUCCCUCACCCACUAUGUCCAGGACCUGAAGCAAGGGAGCAGCUUCCCUUCCCUGGCUUUCAAGGGACCAAUGGAGAUCUCUGCCCGGUCAAUUUCCACUCCUGACCGUGAAGUUCCCUCAAGUGGUUCUUCACAAACUUCAUUUAGACCAGGUCCUCUGAGUUUUGGUUCUACUGAAGGUGGUAGUGCAACAAAAAGCUACAAACCUAGCUUCUCCCAAGAUGUCAUGCAAUACCAGAGCAACUCUGCCAGUAGAAGUGUUUCAACUUCCAAUCAAUAUGCCCAAACCUCUGGCCAGAGAAUAGAUGGAGCCUCUACCUCAAGUCGCGGCAUGCCUACUUCUAGCCUGGCCUCUCGCUCCAGUCUUUUUCACCCCAGCUCUACAGCUCGUGGAAACUCCUAUGGCGCCUACAAGCCUGGCUCUGACCUUGGUGCAACACCAAGCCAAAGCCUGUUUACCUCUAACCAAGGUGGAAGGGGUUCAACAUACAGCCAGAAUCUCCUUGCAAAACCUGCCCAAGGGAAGUACGGACAAAUGUCUGCUCAGUGGGGGAGCUACAGGCCCAGCUAUGCUGCCAGUAGUGGGCCAGUCUCCAGCCUCUUCAGUUCUACCCAGGCUGCCAGUUCAACAUUCAUCCAGAAUGCUCCUGCCACAGCCCAGAAGCCAAGUGGCUCUAAACCUGUCCCCAGUCAACGCUAUUUGUUCAAUGCAGUGAAGUCCAACACUAGCUCUGCCAGACGUCCCACCCAGAGCCUCUUGUCUAGCAGCUAUGGCCCUACCCAGAGCAGGACCAGCAGUGCCAGCUCGAUCAACCCUCGCCACUUUGCCCUGACCAUCAUGCACAGCAUCCCAGAAUUGUACGGCGGAUCUACAAUCCACCGGCUCAAAGACCUUACUCGGUAGGAGUAGUGCCUCCCCUAUCCACUCAACCCAGCUCUUCAAGUGUCAGCAAGCCACAGCCAAACCACUAUCUGCCAAGCAGAAAGGCCCUAGCACAACCUAAAUUGAGUCCAGAGCUUUAGGGAGUCCAGAACAUGACGAAGUGGGAUCUGUAGCCACCAGUUGAGUCUUGACCCUCGCCUGUCUCAUCUCUGUACCAGCCUGGCUGACAACUCUGCCUGAGCCUGCCUGACAACUCUGCCUGACAACUCUGCCUGACGACCCUUGCCCCAUCUCUGGAUUAUUGACCCCUGCCUCCCUUGACCUGUCUCUAGGACUGUUAAACCGUUUAUUCAACAUGUCUGCAUGCGAGUCUUACCUUGAUUCCUGAUAGGUUACAACUUAGUGUUCUUAGCCACAGGACCUAUGGUGGUCUGCUUCAGACAGGGACAGGUUGAAAAAUGUUGGUUUAGACACUUGCCAGUUGGUCAGCGCAUGCUCGCUGUACACGUCCUGGUAAUCCGUCUGGCCCUGCAGAAAGUUGACCUGUUUAAAGGUCUUACUCGCAUCAGCUACGGAGAGUGUGAUCACACAGUCGUCCGAAACAGCUGAUGCUCUCAUGCAUGUUUCAGUGUUACUUGCCUCGAAGUAAUUUAGCUUGUCUGGUAGGCUUGUGUCACUAGGCAGCUCUCGGCUGUGCUUCCCUUUGUAGUCUGUAAUAGGUUACAAGCCCUGCCACAUCCGACGAGCAUCGGAACCGGUGUAGUAUGAUUCGAUCUUAAUUCUGUAUUUGAUGGUUCGUCGGAGGGCAUAGUGGGAUUUCUAGUAAGCUUCCGGGUUAGAGUCCCGCUCCUUGAAAGUGGCAGCUAUACCCUUUUAGCUCAGUGCUGAAGUUCCCUAUAAUUCAUGGCUUCUGGUUAGGGUAUGUACGUAUAGUCACUGUGGGGAUGAUGUCAUCGAAGCACUUAUUGAUGAAGCCAGUGACUGAUGUGGUGUACUUCUCAAUGCCAUCGGAAGAAUCCCAGAACAUAUUCCAGUCUGUGCUAGCAAAACGGCCAUGUAGCUUAGCUUCUGCUUCACCUGACCACUUUAUUUAUUGACCGAGUCACUGGUGCAUCCUGCUUUAGUUUUUGCUUAUAAGCAGGAAUCAGGAUAGAAUUAAGGUCAGAAAUGGUCAACUGGAUGGCAAGGGAGAGCUUUGUCUGCAUCUCUGUGUGGAGUAAAGGUGGUCUAGAGUUGUUUACCCCUCUGGUUGCACAUUUAACAUGCUGAUAGAAAUUUGUUAAAACGGAUUCAAGUUUUCCUGCCUUCAAGUCCCCGGCCACUCGGAGCGCCGCCUCUGGAUGAGCGUUUUCCUGUUUACUUAUGGCCUUACACAGCUCAUUGAGUGGGGUCUUAGUAUCAGCAUCGGUUUGUGGUGGUAAAUAGACAGCUACGAAGAAUAUAGAUGAGAACUCUCUUGGUAGAUGGUGUGGUUCUAUAGCUUAUUAUGAUAUACUCUACCUCAGGCGAGCAAAAACCUUGAGACUUCCAGUCUCCCGUUUCCACAGGGUGGUCAAAAAUAGUGUGGUCAAACCGUUCGGACGCUCCAGAUGUUUUGGUAAGGAAUUGUAUUCAUUUUCGGGAUGUGUCAUGGUCUGACAAACUGUAGCUCUGCCACCUACAUCGGCGGAUGCAGUGCAAAUCAAAUAAACCUCUCUCUUGCUUAAACUGACAGAUUGUUUUUCUUUAUU